GAUGACAAAGGAAAGAGAGUGAGUGAGUGGUCAAGGGAGCGGGUCCGAGGGAACAGAAAGGAAGUCUGACCAGUCGAAUGCCCCCUGCGAUUUCCCAAUCGCUCCCAACUUCCUCUUCUUCAAAGUGGCCCGUUGGCGAGCGUGGGCAGGGCAGGCGGGAACUGAAAGGGGAGGAAGCACUAUUUCAACAGAAGCCUUUCCUCUCUUUCAUGCCUCUGCCUGCGAUGGUCCGCGGUGAGCAUGUGGCGUCGCCCGUCCCGGGGAGAGAAACAUCCCAGCUUCCAGCCUCUCUCCUCCGCGUCCGCGACGCCCUCAUGCCCGCAACGCCGCUCAGGAACGGCCUCUGUCGCCUCUGCGCCUACUUGGAGGAACUGGAGGCUGCGGAGCUGAAGAAGUUCAAGUUAUACCUGGGGACUGCGGCAGGGAUCGGGGAGGGCAGGAUCCCCUGGGGGCGGAUGGAGCCCGCGGGUCCCCUGGAGAUGGCCCAGCUGCUCGCUGCACACUGCGGGGUCCGGCAGGCCUGGCUGCUGACCCUGAGCAUCUUCGAGCGGAUCAACCGGAAGGACCUGUGGGAGAGAGGACAGAGAGAGGACCUGGUGAGGGACCCUCCAUCUGGUGGCCCGUCCUCACUGGGGAGCCAGUCAGCAUGCUUUCUGGAAGUCUUCCCUGAAACGCCAAGAAAAGAUCCCCGGGAAACCUACAGGGACUACGUCCGCAGGAAAUUCCGGCUGAUGGAAGACCGCAAUGCGCGCCUCGGCGAGUGCGUCAACCUCAGCCAUCGGUACACGCGGCUCCUCCUGGUGAAGGAACACUCCAAUCCCAUGUGGACCCAGCAGAAGCUUCUGGACACAGGCCGGGGACAUGCGAGAACCGCAGGCCACCAGGCCAGCCUCAUCCAGAUGGAGGCCCUCUUUGAACCAGACGAGGAGCGCCCGGAGCCGCCGCGCACCGUGGUCCUGCAGGGUGCGCCCGGGAUGGGCAAAUCCAUGCUGGCCCACAAGGUGAUGCUGGACUGGGCGGAUGGGAAACUCUUCCAAGACAGGUUUGAUUAUCUCUUCUACAUCAACUGCAGGGAGAUGAAUCAAGGUACCACAGAGAGGAGCGCACAAGACCUCAUCGCCAGUUGCUGGCCUGAGCCCAGCGUGCCCCUCCAGGACCUUGUCCAGGCUCCUGAGCGCCUCCUCUUCAUUAUCGACGGCUUUGACGAGCUCAAGCCAUCUUUCCACGACCCGCAGGGCCCCUGGUGCCUCUGCUGGGAGAAGGAACGGCCCACGGAGGUUCUCCUUAGCAGCCUGAUUCGGAAGAAGCUGUUGCCCGAGCUGUCCUUGCUCAUCACCACGCGGCCCACGGCUCUGGAGAAACUCCACCGCUUGCUCGAGCACCCCAGGCACGUGGAGAUCCUGGGCUUCUCCGAGGCAGAAAGGAGGGAGUACUUCUACAAGUACUUCCACAGCGAGGAGCAGGCCGGCCAAGCCUUCAGUUUUGUGAGGGACAACGAGCCCCUCUUCACCCUGUGCUUCGUCCCCAUGGUGUGCUGGGUGGUUUGCACCUGCCUCAAGCAGCAGUUGGAGGGUGGGGGGCUGUUAAGCCAGACGUCCAGGACCACGACCGCCGUGUACAUGCUCUACCUUCUGAGUUUGCUGCAACCCAAGCCGGGGACCCCAGCCCUGAAGUCCCCGCCCAACCAUAGAGGGCUGUGCUCCCUGGCGGCGGACGGGCUCUGGAAUCAGAAGAUCCUGUUUGAGGAGCAGGACCUCCGGAAGCACGGCCUAGAUGCGGCGGAUGUCUCCUCCUUCCUCAACAUGAACAUCUUCCAGAAGGACAUCAACUGUGAGAAGUUCUACGGCUUCAUCCACCUGAGUUUCCAGGAAUUCUUCGCCGCCAUGUACUACGUCCUGGAUGAUGGGGAAGGGGGGCCCGGCCCAGAGCGCAGCGUCAGGCGGCUGCUGGCUGAAUACGGGUUUUCAGAACGGAGUUUCCUGGCCCUCACCGUGCGCUUCCUGUUCGGACUCCUGAACGAGGAGACGAGGAGCUACCUGGAGAAGACUCUUUGCUGGAAGGUCUCACCUCACAUCAAGGUGGAACUGUUGGAGUGGAUCCAAAGCAAAGCUCGGAGCGAGGGUCCUACCCUGAAGCAGGGCUCCCUGGAAUUCUUCAGCUGUCUGUACGAGCUCCAGGAGGAGGAAUUUAUCCAACAAGCCCUGAGCCACUUCCAAGUGGUCGUGGUCAGCAAUGUCUCCACCAAGAUGGAACACAUGGUUUCCUCGUUCUGUGCGCAGAGCUGCAGGAGCGCCCAGGUGCUGCAGCUGUACGGGGCUGCCUACAACGCGGACGGGGAAGACGGGCUGAGAUGGCCCCAGGCGCCUCCCGCGCAGCUGCCCGAGAGAAACGUCUUACCAGAUGCUUACAGCGAACAGCUUGCUUCUGCCCUGAGCACCAAUCCCAACCUCGUGGAGCUGGUUUUGUACAGCAAUGCCCUGGGGGGCCGGGGGGUGAAGCUGCUCUGUCAAGGACUCAGACACCCCAACUGCAAACUUCAGAAUCUGAGGUUGAAGCGGUGCCAAGUUUCCAGCUCUGCCUGCCAGGACCUCACCGCCGCGCUGACAGCCAACAAACACUUAGUAAGGAUGGACCUGAGCGGCAACGAUCUUGGGCUGCCGGGCAUGAAGCUGCUUUGUGAGGGGCUCCGGCAUCCCAAGUGCAGGCUACAGAUGUUGCAGUUGAGGAAGUGUCAGCUGGACGCGGGGGCUUGCCAGGAGAUGGCCUCCGUGCUCAGCACCAGUCGACAUCUGGCGGAGCUGGAUCUCACAGGAAAUGCGCUGGAGGGUUCGGGCCUGAGGCUCUUGGGUCGAGGCUUGAGGCACCCAGACUGCAGGCUGCGAAUCUUGUGGUUGAAGAUUUGCCACCUCACUGCGGCUGCUUGUGAAGACCUGGCUUCCACCCUCAGUGUGAACCAGAGCCUAAUGGAGCUGGACCUAAGCCUGAAUGACCUGGGGGACCCCGGGGUGCUGCUGCUGUGUGAAGGUCUCAGGCAUCCCCAGUGCAAACUCCAGACUCUCCGGCUGGGCAUUUGCCGGCUCAGCUCCGCAGCCUGCGAGGGUCUCUCCGCUGUGCUCCAGGUCAACCAGCAUCUCCGGGAGCUGGACCUGAGUUUUAAUGACCUGGGAGACCUCGGCAUGUGGUUGCUGUGUGAGGGGCUACGACACCCCACCUGCAGGCUCCAGAAACUGUGGCUGGACAGCUGCGGCCUCACAGCCAAAGCAUGUGAGGAGAUCUCUUCCACCCUAGGGGUCAACCAGACCCUCACGGAGCUUUAUCUGACCAACAACGCCCUGGGCAACACAGGUGUCAGGCUGCUAUGCAAGAGGCUGAGUCAUCCUGGCUGCAAGCUCCGAGUCCUCUGGUUAUUUGGAAUAGACCUGAAUAAAGUGACCCACAGAAGUCUGGCAGCACUUCGAGUAAUGAAACCUUACUUGGACAUUGGCUGCUGAAUGGUUCCAUCGGCUGCUUCCCUUGCAGUCAGGACGGAGGAGGAUCAUCCCGGGACUCGCUAACCAACAAUCCAGCUCUUCAAGAGAAAAUCCGCUGCAGGAUAACCCUUGCUGCUUGAGGGUCUACGGAGCUUGGAGGUUUAGGUCUGGGAAUGUUGGUGCCCUGGAGAGAAUUCAGGGCAGGGCCAGAUUCUAGAGCAGCUCACAACUGAGGGCCAUUUUCGUGUCCCCACUGGGGAACAUGGCAGUGUCAGAGGAUGUUGGUGUGGGGGAGCUACUUGUGUCUAGUGGGAAGAGGAUAAAUGUCUUAAAAUGCCUAAGACAGCCCCCAACGACAAAGCGUUUAGCUUACAUGCCAGCUGUGCAGGAGCUGAGUAACCUUAUUCUCAAUUAUUGGGACAGUUUGGAAGGCCGGUGCAACUUUGAACAAUUGCCACACCAACCCCCCUUGCAACCUUGUUUUUGCACCUUAACUCUGGUCGCCCUGGCCGGAGCCAGGACGGUGGUUGAAACCUGCAGGCUGACCCACACCAUUUCACUGAAGGCGUGAACCAGGAAACUUCAGGCUAUGUCAAUGACUGGUGGAAAACUUCAGGACAGCAUGAGCCUACCGGGCUGAAGCUAUCUGGAAGAGCCAGCGUUAUGAAGCAGUAUUUUAAGAUUUUGCGAUAUUGUAACCUAAAGAUGUUGGUUGGUUAAGCCCAGUCCCUGAGGACCUCAUUCCCGUGGCCAUCAAUAUCCUGGCUAUGCACACAACCACUAUGAACCCAAUAAAUAUUAGGUACAGAGCCCUUGGCUUCCCAAGCCUCAGAGCCCGAGCCCACCCCACCUUGAACAGCUUCUGCAACAGCUUUCCACAAACCCCUAAUUGGGCCAGGCUCUUUAAGGCUGACCCCCACUUCAACCCUUAGUCUGCAUCGGGGUUAAUGAAAUCUGGGUAUGAAUUGCAGAGCAUGCCCCUUAAAGGUAGAUUUUCUGGUUUCACAGUAUAAUAUAUUAACUAGCAACAACAUAGUUCCCAGGGCUUGAAUUUGCUGGUCACUUAAUGGCCCGGGAGCUGGAAUAGCGUGGGGAGGGGCCACUGGGCAGUUUGUAAAGAGAUAGGACACCCACAAGUGAUGUUCAAAUUCCUCCAUUAUAUACAAACAGCCAACUUCUAUAAAUGGAGUUUCUGUAAA